AAUCUAUUUCGUCCUAGCGCACGGAAAAUGCACGAUCGCAAGUGUGGUUGCGAAAAGAGUGGGAAAAGUGUGUUUUAACGCGGAGCACGUUGCGGUCCCGCGUCACGAACGAGCCAACACGGCAUCACAGGUCCAGAGCAGCGCAGCUGUGCAAAGCUAGCCCGCGCGAAAAAGGAACCGCGGACGGAAACACAGUGUUUCGCUUUGUUCGGCGAAGGCCAGAGGCAAAAACGGUUUGCUGCUCGCAACUCGUGGAUCGAUUUGCGUGCUCAGUCCCGGCUCUGCGCAGUGCGAGUGUGUCGGAUAGAAGAAAUGCUGUAGUAGUGCGAGACGAAGGCACACAAAGGCACGGGCACACGGCACACACCACCGAGUUCGUCGCAGCGGCCCUGUACGACCACCAACAAAGCACGGCUGCAGAAACGGCCACUACGACGCACACGUUGCGCUCUUACACGAGGGUCGCUGAAGCGCGCGGUUUCAGCGCCACCACCGGGCGGGAGAGCUAGAACGAGAGAGAGAGCGAGAGAGCGAUCGAGUGUGUGUGCACGCGCGCGAAGGUGUGUUUGUGUGUUCCGUGUGCGCGGAGCACAGGUCGCGUGCGAGAGUGUGCGUGCGAUUUCGAUUUCGGCAAUCUUUUUCCGUUUCCGAGACGGCGUUUUUCGUUCGCUUUCGCCUUCUAAGUUGCACGACACGACGAGAUGGAGAACACCUCCUACGGGAUAAAUGUGGCCAACCGCUACGAUCUGUUCUGCAUCGACGACGAUGCGGACGAUCCGAUCGAUUCGAUUCUGAAGAAUAAACAGAAGCAGCAAAAAAAGCAGCAGCAGCAGCAAAGUGCGGCGGCUGCCGCCGGAACGGGCGCUGCGGCCCCGGCAGCUGGCGGCGGCGGCCAGCAGGCGGCGACGGUGCAGUCGAAAACGAACGCGAAGGGUGAGAAGGAGAACAAGUCCGGUGGUGGGCGCGGUGCCGAAAACCGCCACCCGGACAAGUCUGCCACGGGCGACGCGAAGCUUGCACAGACCAACGGAACCGGCAAUCAUUUACAUAAUCAGCGUGGCGGCGGUGGCGCUGGCGGCGAACGACGGGGCAUCAAGGAAACGCAAAAGGACAACAUUCGCAAUCAGGAAAACCAGAAAACGGGCGGCAAUCAGGCGAACAAGCUCCCACGGAGCGGCGGUGGACCGAACAGCAAGAGCAGCAGCCAGACCGGUGGAGGAGCUCCCGGUGCCAACAACGACGAUAAGCAUCCGCGCAAAGCCCGUGACUUCGAGAGCGCCCCGGAUGGUGGGGCACAGCGGAAGCAACCGUACGCGCAGAACGGCGUGAAGCAGCGCUUCGAUGCUCGCGGCAAGCGCGAGCUCGACCGUCAGUCCGGCUCGAACAAGACAGGCAUCAAGGCGGUGGACAAACGGGACGGCGCUGGUUCGCACAACUGGGGCAGCUCAAAGCAGGACGCCAAGGAGUUCUCGAACCUGCAGGAACAGGACUACCAGCCGCAGGAUGCCGAUACGAGUGGCGAGGAAAACAAACCGCAAACGGACCGCAACAGCAGCACGGCCAACGGCAACAACAAUAGCGCCGGCGCAGGCGAGGGAGGCGAAACUGGCGAACCCGGAACCACCAGCAAGGCGGAGGACGAGGCAAAGGAGAUGACGCUCGACGAGUGGAAAGCACAAAAGGCGGCCGUUCGACUGAAGCCCCAGUACAACUUGCGAAAGGCGGGCGAAGGCGAGGAUGCGGCCCAGUGGGACAAGAUGGUGGCAUUGAACAAGAAAUCGAUCGCGGCCGAUGGUGGCACUGAAGACGACGAAGGUAACGAUACUCAGACGAAGGCGACGGCGCCGGCGGCGUCGGCGUCGGCGACUCCGGCAGCGGCCACUGGCAACAAGAGCAACAAGCAGGUCCUGGACAUCGAGUUCCACUUCAACGACAACCGCAGAGGCGGCCUGGGCCGUGGACGAGGUGGUGGCCGCGGCGGCAAGGGAGGCAGCCGCGGGAUGGGCCGCGAUGGCCCCGGUGGUGGUGGCGGCGGCCGUCGCGAGUACGGCGGAGGCGAGCGACGCGAGUACGGCGGAGGUGAACGUCGCGAGUACGGCGGAGGCGACAACUAUCACCGGAGCGGAGGCGAAGGUGGUGGUGGCGGCGGCAGCUAUGAGCACCGUGGCCCGGGAGCCGACUCCGAAGGCGGUGCUGGUGGCGGCGCCGCAGGUGAGCGGCCGCAGCGGGACAAUCGGCGCAACAACCGACCGCCCGGUGUUGGCGGUGGCGGUGGCGGCGCCGGUGGCUCCCACUACGAAGGCGGCGGUGCCAACAAGUUCAGCAGACCGAACCCACGCCCGCCCAGGCAGCAUUUCGUCGCUGCCCCGAAGGUGGACGACGAGCACGACUUCCCGUCCCUGGGCUAAGCGCGGUUCCGGCCGGCCAGCAGCACGGUCCCUGUGUGCGGCCACCCUACCCUGCUCUGGAGCCCACAGUGACCACGCAGGCUGCGUAGAACAGGAGGAAGGGAGGAGACUGCGCCAGUGCAAGGACACACCCGAGAGUUGAUAACGAGUUUUUUCAAUUACCUUUUAUUUGCUACUAUGCCUUUAGAUUCGUUGAAGGAACAGAGAGAGAGAGAGAGAGAGAAGAGAGUCUAACUAAGCGAGACACAGUUGUUGGCUGCAACCAGAGGAAAGUAGCGAUCACCCAAGAUCACGCCGCCGCCGAGUAAAGAGCCGAUCAGAUAGGGCGGAAUGCCACAAAUCGCGCGCAUUUCGAUCAUAAAGCAUUGUUGUGGGAGCACACACUCGUUUCCCUGGGCAACCAAAGCAUCCUUGGAUCACUGCUAGCCCCAGCGUGCUUGGAUAGCCGGCUCAAAUGUGAAAGCCCCUUAAAUAUACAAAAACCAACCUUCUUUCUCCGUUCGUCGUCGUGCGUUCUGGUUGGUGCAAUUCCGGCGUUGCGUUCCGUAUUAUUACCCUGCCAUCGGUGGCAUACUGUUCGUUUUUUUUACUGUGCCUCUAUUUGGUAUUUUUUCAUGCAUCUUUUGCUUUGCUUCAAGAGCCGUUUUCCGUUUGCGCCGGAAAGUUUACGUUUUCUCGUUUAAGAAAUAGAAUAUGCUGGUUCCGCUCUCCGUUUCCUGUGGCUGGUGGUUGCAUAUGAGUUUUAAUACUUGAAACAGAAAAAGAAAGAGGAAACGAAACGAAAAUACAAACAACAUUAUUAAUCGUGUGAAUUGCUGCUGAUAAUGCUGUUUAUGAUCACAAACUAUACACAUAUAAAUACAAGAUAAGGUUCACGCAGAGACAGAGAGAGAGACGGGGGGUGAAUGGAAAACUGCAGGGGCGAAAAAUUGAGCCGAAACACACACUACUCGGUUCGUCGAGAAACGUUUAUAAUAAUUUGAGAAUUUAUAAGGUCUUCAAAUGGCAGUGUUAAUUAAGAAGAUUGAAGAAAGAAGGGCACUUAUUUCUUCGUUUAGGUUUUUGUUUAUUACUAAUCCUCCAUUACUUAGGGAAGUAACUACAAGAAAUUGAUGUUCCCGCGCGCGGUGGAAUACCGUGUGGUUGCGCCGGACACAGAGAAGCAACAUUUAAAUUGCGCGUAUAUUGCCUUCCGCCGCCGUUCGCCAUCCGCGUAGUCACUAUACGGCUCGUUCUCUCAUCCUAACUACAGGAGCAAUAAGAUCGUCGGAGAUCGCACUAACCGGAAUAUCUAUCCUAGUGGGGAAACAAUAUUAUACCGUAUGUGGUGUAUCUUUGACGAAUCAUGCCUAAGACAAGGUGCAACACUAUCCGAAGAAAGAACUAAAACAGUCGGCGAGGAGUUUUGAGGACUCUGGAGGUCUGGGCGGUGAAAGUUAGGAGUCCAAGCCAGCACACCUACACUGUACUACGUUACUCCCUAAGAACAACACAUUUAAGCGUAAUAAAAAAUUAGCGCAAAAAUCUGAAUUCAUCCGCGAAUUGGAAGUUCUAAACAUUGUUGGGGAAACACCGGACUGUGGCGGAGGCCGGGCCGGAACAUGGGCAUGGGUGGUGGUUAAGGUCUUCCGCUUACCGAUGCUCCGCCGAAGGGUGGUAUACUUAUCAACAUCAGAAAGCCACACAUAUUCUUUGUGGAACGGUUAUGAUCGAGUGAUCCUCAAAAAUUUCAUCAACAAUAUGCACAUUGUACGACAUUACCCUAACCUUGUAGGCAAUGCCAGUGACGGUGAGCGUCUGGCCUUCGGGACGCGUAAAGGAAUGGUUUAUUUGAAGUUUUAACCUUUAGGAAUACCGGAAGAUUGCUGCUACAUGCAAGAGCAUCACGAAAAAGCACAGCAGAACCAGAUAUAGACAGUUUCAUACCAUAAAUCGAAAAAAGUCAUAUGUACACAUAACCAGAAUCUAUUUCAGAUCGGUCUAUGGCCGUUACACAUCCGGAGUACAGCCACAAUCCGGCAAGAUAAAUCAAGCGGUCAGUGCGUUUGCGUUCGCCUAGAACGCACUGCCCCUCUCAAUGUGGUUUCCUUUUGGGUCUUGGAGAAAGAAAAGAAGAAGCAAAAUAAAGUGAAACAUUUGUA